GAAGAGAAAUUCAUAAGGAGAGAUUUUUGUUUCUGUGAUUUUGCUUAGGAGAAGGAGGAGCUUGGCGAAGAAGAAGAAGGGAACAUGGGAGAGAGGAAAGUUCUGAACAAGUAUUACCCGCCGGAUUUCGAUCCGUCGAAGCUUCCCCGGCUCCGGCGACCGAAGAAUCAACAGAUUAAGGUUCGUAUGAUGCUUCCGAUGAGCAUUCGCUGCAACACUUGUGGGAAUUACAUCUACAAGGGUACCAAGUUCAAUUCCCGCAAAGAGGAUGUCAUCGGCGAAACAUAUCUGGGGAUCCAAAUAUUUAGGUUCUACUUCAAGUGCACCAAGUGCUCCGCCGAGCUGGCCAUGAAGACUGAUCCACAAAAUUCUGAUUAUGUUGUCGAAUCUGGGGCAACCCGUAACUUCGAACCCUGGCGUGCAGAAGAUGAGGAAACUGAGAAGGAGAAAGGGAAACGAGAAGCUGAAGAGAUGGGGAAUGCGAUGAAAUCCUUGGAGAAUAGAACUCUGGAUUCAAAAAGAGAGAUGGAUAUUAUAGCAGCACUUGAUGAAAUGAAAUCUAUGAAGUCUAGGCACGCUACUGUCAGUGUGGAUACAAUGUUGGAGGCUUUGCAAAGAACAGCAGCUGAAAAGGAAAAAAGAUUGGAAGAAGAGGACGAACCACUCAUAAAGUCGAUAUUCAGUAAGCCGAAAGAAGUCAUCCGGAGGAUUGCAGAUGAAGAACUGGAUGAUGAUAUCACUGGCCUUCGUGACGGGAACAAGGAACCAUCAUCUUCAGAUGCUUCAAAGAAGAGAAAGGCUGCUUCGGAAGAAGGUCCUAGCAACCCCACGGAUAUUUUGGCCAGUUCCGGAGAAAACCCGAGCGAGCCGAAGAAAAGCAACACUAGUCAUACUAAUAAUCCAUUCAAAUCCAUUCGGAUAUCGGUCAUCAAGAAGCCAGCUGCUCCGUCAAAAUCAGAAGAGGCAAAGCCAGUAGAGUCCGACAAGUCUGGUGUGAGGACGAACACGGGACUAACAUCCUUGUGCCAGAAUUAUGGCAGUGACGACGAGGAUUGAGCUCUUUGCUACUACAGGUUUCAUAAAAAAAAUUCUCUCACAGAUCGGUUUAACUCGUUAGAACCGAGUUUUUUCGAUAUGAUUUUGGGUAGAACUUUGUUAAGAGCUGAAGUGCCGUGAAGAAAUAACAUGGAACCACACAGGAAAAGCAAGAUCAAGAUGAGUCUUCAUGAUGUUGUUCAUUA